UUUUAGCAUAACAUCAGUAAACAUGUACAAGAAAAAAACCCGAGCAAAGAAAUUUAAAUAUAAUGUGAAUAAGAAAAAACAGUGGAAGAAAUCUAAGAAGUUACCAGCAAUUGGAAUGAAGGAACUUAAAGAAACAUGGAACAAGCAUAUGACUGUUAAACAAAAUUUUAGAACUUUUGGACUUUGUUUUGAUCCUAAUUCUAUCACAUCUAAAGACAAAUCUAUUAAUAAAGAUAAUACUGAAGUAAUGGAAAUUGUUGAAUCAAAAAAGACAAUGGCUAAACAUCUUGAGAAGUUAGCAGAAGAAAAUGCACCAGUAAAGACUGGGAUUAUAAAUAAUCUCAGUGUAGAUAAUAUAGAAUUUUGCAAAUAUAUGAUAUCUAAAUAUUCUGAAGACUAUAAAGCUAUGAGUAAAGAUCCUCAAAACAUGUAUCAAUUGACGCCAAAGCAAAUCAAAAAAUCUAUAGCAAAAUAUAUUUCAUAUAUAAAUCAUGUAGAUAUAGCAACGAUAUGUAAAUAAUAUUUACAAAUAAUUUUCA